CAAACAGUCAGCUUGACACAUGAGUGCUCAGCCUAGCACGCACACAAACACACAUACAAACACACACACAAAAGCAUAGAUAAGUAUGUAAGUAUACAGACAUAUGCAUCACACCCCAGCCUAAAAUCCUUUUGGAAAUCACCGAAAGAUGCUACAGAGGGAAUAGAGAAAAGGCCCAGACUGUGCGAGUGUUGACACAUAAUUCAGGGCGCCUGAAGUGAGGAGACAAGUUGUUCGGCUGGUUUGUCAGACUCAGACCCACUGGUCGUCCAGCUCUCCAGUCAUCGGCAGCAGGUGGGGCAGUACUGACAUCCACCAAACAUCAUGGACCAGGAGGAAGACAAAAACUCUGUGGAUUUCCAUGACAACCCUCCAGCUCCUGACAACGUAGUUAGAGAGGACGGAGACACAGUCUAUUUCAUAUAUGACGAGGAGGUGGAGGUGGAGGAGAAGGAACCAGAACCUCCUCCUCCUGUUGUCCGAAUCAACGACAAACCCCACAAGUUCAAGGACCACUACUGCAAAAAACCCAAGUUCUGUGACGUCUGUGCUCGCAUGAUAGUCUUGAACAACAAGUUUGCUCUGAGGUGUAAAAACUGCAAGACCAACAUCCACCACUCAUGUCAGUCCUAUGUCGAGUUCCAGAAGUGCUUUGGCAAAAUUCCACCUGGCUUCAGACGGGCCUACAGCUCCCCGCUGUACAGCAGUGAUAUACCAGAUCCAAACAACCCGAACCGGAAUGACCCAGUCUUCGACACCCUGCGUGUCGGUGUCAUCAUGGCAAAUAAGGAGCGCAAAAAGAAUGAAAAUGACAAGAAAAAUCUGAUGGUGAUGAUGGAGGAAGAAGAAGAGGAAAACCAACGACCCAAAGAGAACGAGGAGGGAGGAGAAGGGAAGCCUGAUGAUAAGAAGGAGAAAGGAGGAGACAAAGCAGAUGACAAAAGUAAAGGUACAUUCUCCCAGACCCACUAUUACCUGGCUCUCUACCGCUUCAAGGCCAUAGAGAAAGACGAUCUUGACUUCCACCCUGGUGAUCGUAUCACAGUACUGGAUGACUCCAAUGAAGAGUGGUGGAGGGGAAAGAUGGGGGACAAGUCGGGCUACUUCCCCACCAACUACCUCAUAAAAGUGCGUGCAUCAGAAAGAGUUUUUAAGGUGUUACGUUCCUUCGUAGGGAACAGAGAGAUGGGACAAAUCACACUCAAGAAAGAUCAGAUUGUGGUGAAGAAAGGAGACGAGAAAGGCGGCUACUUGAAGGUCAGCACUGGACGCAAGCUGGGCUACUUCCCUGCUGAUCUGCUGGAGGAGAUCACUGUGACAUAAAAAGCACAACAUGCAAUGAAAGAGCCUGCAACACACUUUAAACAGGGGAAAAGAUUGGAGACAUCACUGUUCAGAAGAUCCUCCUGAUCUUUUCUAUAUUUGUUACCCAAAACAAAAUAUCAAAAUGAGCUCUUUUUGUGUCUGUCACAGCAGAAAUGUAUUUCCUGUGAUGUAUCUGUGACUUUGACACAAAGUGAAGCAUGAGAAAGGAGAGAAUAAUGAUUCAUACGUACAUUAAAAUAUUUGUAAGAGGCAAUCA